AUGAAUAGCGAAGUAACAAACUACUCAGUAAUUGGACGCAUUGGCGAAGGUGCUCAUGGUUUAGUAUUCAAAGCACGACAUCUUCCAACCGGUCGUGUAGUUGCUUUAAAAAAAAUUCUUAUCAAAAAUCUUGACGAUGGCAUACCUGUAAAUGUAUUUCGUGAGAUCAAAGCUCUACAACUGCUACGAUGCAAAUAUAUAAUAAAAAUGUUCGAUAUGUUUCCUCGUGGGAUGAGUUUGGUACUAGUUUUAGAGUACAUGUGCUAUGGAUUAUGGGAAAUGCUGCAUCACAAUCAAGCCGAACUUACCUUACCACGAGUAAAAACUUACGCUCAAAUGUUGCUUAAAGGAACACGUUAUAUGCACGCUCAUUAUGUCAUGCAUAGGGACUUAAAACCGGCUAAUCUAUUAAUCAAUCACGAAGGAAUAUUAAAAAUUGCUGAUUUGGGUCUCGCUCGUUUGUAUUGGCCUGAUGGCGGUAGACCUUACUCGCAUCAAGUUGCUACACGAUGGUACCGCGCACCAGAGUUACUAUAUGGCGCUAGGUAUUACAGCGAAAAAGUCGACUUAUGGUCCGUUGGAUGUAUUAUCGCUGAAAUGAUAACCAAACAACCAUUAUUUGCGGGUGAAUCCGAUAUUGAACAGUUGGCUAUUGUUUUACAACGCUUAGGUACGCCGACGGAAGAGACUUGGCCGCGACAUUCGGAAUUACCCGAUUACCACAAAAUAACAUUCCCAGAAUCUUUACCCAUGUCCUGGACAGAACUUUUGCCUGGAGUAGAGCCUGAUGCAGUUCACUUGAUAAAAUCAUUUAUAUUGUAUGAUGCUCAAAAAAGGAUUUCAGCGAAAGAGGCAUUGAGGCAUCCUUGGUUCCAAAACAAACCAUUACCAGCUUCGUUGGAUGACAUGCUGAAGCCAAGUGUGAUUAAAUAGAAAUAAAUGUAUAUGAAAAAAAAGCAUGACAUUUACUGAUAUUUUUUAUUCCAAAAAAAAUGAAUCAGUACAUUUUAGGAUGUUCUUUAAUAAACAAUGAAAGCUA